AGUAAUCACUAAAUAAGUAAACAUUAUCUAGGAAGAAAGUCUUUGGUUUCUUGUUGGGUUUUGGUCUUCUAGUCUUCUUGUUUAGUGCCUGCCAACUGUAAGCGAAAGGAAAAAACACGCUUCGCAUUUAUUGUAAUGAUGAUGUUGACUGUUUGGUAACAGUAUAUAUGUGGGAUGCCGGUGGCCUAUUUCAUCUCAAGAUCAGUUGGAAUCAUAAGUGAGAGAGUUAGACAAAAACUUUGUCAGUCUUACUGUCAUAGAAAAUCAGGAAAAGAAAAAAGUAAUGGAGUUGGGACGUUUUUGGUGGUGGGUAGUGUUAAUUUUGGUUCAAUUAGGUAUGAAUGGGUGCUUUGGUUGCUGGGAGCAUGAGAGAGCAGCUCUCUUGCAACUCAAAGCUUCCAUAAACUCCACAGUUGAUAUAGAUUAUUUGCCAACUUGGAAUUCAACCCACAAAAAGAGUGAUUGCUGUGAUUGGGAGGGAGUGAAGUGCAACAACACUACAGGGCAUAUAAUCCAACUUGAUUUUAUUGAAAUGAUCCGUUGGGGUACGGAAGAUUGGUGUUUAAAUGCCUCUUUGUUUCUUCCCUUUGAAGAGCUCCAGUACCUCUAUUUGGUUGGCAAUCAGAUUAGUAGAUGGGUCCCAAAUGAAGGUUUUGAAAGAUUCUCAGCGUUGCGCAAGCUGGAGAUGCUUUACUUGGCUUAUAAUCUUUUCAACAACAACAUCUUGUCAUCGCUCAGUGGAAUUUCUUCGCUGAAGAUACUAGAUUUGCGUGGAAAUAAAUUGAAUGGUUCAUUCCACAUCCCAGCAUUUAGCAACUUGGAGGAGCUCUACUUGGGUGGCAAUGAGAUCGAUGACUUCGUGACAACAACAACAACAAAAGGUUCAAACAACUUACCUAAGCUGCAAGUCCUAGAGUUGGGUGGGUACAAAGUUAAUGCACGAAUUUUCAAGUCAUUGACCACCUUCACAUCAUUGAAGAUCUUAAGAAUGGGAGGAAACAAUUUGGAAGGAUCGUUUACAACUGAAGAGUUGAGCAAACUAAACAACCUUGAACAGUUGAUGUUGGAGAAAUCGUCAUUUGAUAAAAGUCUUCUUCAUAAAAUUGGAGUUAUGACUUCUCUUAAUGUAUUGACAAUGUCAUACUGUGGACUGAAUGGCACCUUACCUGACCAAGGCUGGUGUGAACUUAAGAAGCUCCAAGAGUUAUACCUCAGCAACAAUAAUUUUGAAGGGAGACUACCUUCAUGUAUGGCAAACUUGACAUCACUCCGGGUAUUGGAUAUCCCUAGCAAUCACUUCAAUGGGAACAUUGUCCAGUCUCCACUAUCAAGUUUGACAUCACUUGAGUACCUUUCUUUCUAUGAUAACAACUUCUCAAUCUCAUCCACAUUUUCCUUCCUUUUCAACCUCUCAAAUCUUAAGAUCCUAUUAAGUGAUAACAAUAUAUUAGCUUUGGAACCUGACUCUCUUACUUUGAUUCCAACCUUCCAAUUAAAGGUUCUCAGUUUGUCAAAUUGCUUAAUUAACAUUCACAAUAGGACACCUCCCAGAUUUCUUCAUUACCAAUAUGAUUUGCGAAUAAUUAAACUCUCUUACAAUAAGUUGGUUGGGCAGUUCCCUUACUGGUUGUUAGAGAACAAUACAAGAUUGGAGAUCUUUAUUGUAAAUUAUAACUCUUUCACGGGGCCUUUUAUGGUGCCAUAUGAUAUUCGUCCCAACAUGUUGAGCAUAGAUAUUUCUGAUAAUUACUUACAUGGUCCAAUUCCCACAAACCUCGGUUUAAUUUUUCCAAAUUUAGAAUCUUUACAAAUGUCUAGAAAUAAAUUUGAAGGCAAUAUUCCUUCUUCUUUUGGGAAUUUGGUUUUCUUACAGGGUCUAGACUUGUCUGAUAAUCAUUUCUCAGGAACCAUACCAAUGCAUUCCAUAAUGGGUUGCUACAAUUUAGAAUUACUCAUAUUAUCAAACAAUAGCUUCAGUGGCCAAAUAUUUCCUACCAAUUCUAAUUGGACUAAGCUAGGAAUUUUACAUUUGGACAACAAUCACUUCUCAGGCACGCUUCCAACAUGGAUGGGGAACAUGACAUAUUUAGAAGAUAUUGUUAUGGCCAAAAAUCAUUUUGAAGGUCCUAUUCCAAUUGAGUUAUGCAAACUCGUUUCUCUUACAUUUCUUGACCUUUCGGACAACAAUCUUUUUGGCUCUGUUCCAUCUUGCUUCAAUUCCUCAAGUAUCCGUUUUUUUCAAUUAAAUAAAAAUUGCUUGAGCGGUCCAAUUCCAAGUUCUUUCCAAAACAACUCCAAACUACUUACACUGAAUCUUCGAGAUAACCAUCUAACUGGAAACAUUCCUAAUUGGAUUGGCAGCCUCUCAUCAUUGAGAAUUCUUCUCUUGAAAGAAAAUCAUUUAGGAGGUCAAAUUCCAAUUCAACUAUGCCUUUUGCAGAACUUAAACAUUUUGGAUCUUUCCUACAAUAAAUUUUCAGGUCUAAUUCCUCAUUGCUUGAGUAACAUUACUUUUGAUGCAUCUGUCCAUGGAACUUCUUUAAGAGGUUUAUCUUUUGGGAAAGCUUAUUUAAGGAGUUUGUCAUUAUAUUUGAACACAAAGUCAAUAAUUAUCGAAGAUCUGCCUGAUGAUAUAUCUCCGUUUAAUGAAUUUGUGAAUGUUGAAGAAGAAGUAGAGUUCACAACAAAAACUAGAACUUACUCCUACAAGGGUGACAUCCUCGAGUACAUGUUUGGAAUUGACCUCUCGUGCAACAACCUAGCAGGUAAAAUCCCACUGGAACUCGGUAGGAUGAGCAGCAACAUUCGUGCAUUGAACUUGUCACACAAUAGUCUAUCCGGACCCAUCCCGGUAACAUUCUCAAAUCUAAAGCAAAUAGAGAGUCUGGAUCUUUCAUACAACAAUUUGAAUGACAAAAUUCCACCUCAGUUGACCGAAAUGACCUCUCUAGCGGUCUUUAGUGUGGCACACAACAACUUAUCAGGCACAACACCAGAGAGAAAAAAUCAAUUUGGAACAUUUGAUGAAAGCAAUUACGAUGGGAACCCUCUCCUGUGUGGACCUCCAUUACAGAAUAGUUGCACCAAAAUGAGACCACCAUCUACAAUGCCAGUGGAUAAUGAAGGGGAAGAAGGUGAUAUUUUCAUGGACAUGGGUGUCUUCUACAUAAGCUUUGUGGUGGCUUACAUAACAGUCCUGUUGGGAAUUCUUGCAGUUCUUUACAUAAAUCCAUACUGGCGUAGGGCGUGGUUUAACCUCAUUGAAGUGUGCAUUGACACUUGCUACUGCUUUUUUGUGGUUCAUUACCAUAAGUUGUUCAAUUUCAGCCUUGCAUAGCCUUGUAUUGCUACUAUUUUGUUGUGUUUUAUUACCAUAAGUUGUUUAAUUUCAGACUUGCAUAGCCUUGCAUUUUAAUGAUUACAUGUAUGUGUGUCUCUUCUUGUUGGAUUUUGAAUCUAAAGAUUGAAUUUUAAUA